AUGGCGGAAGCCAUGUGCACACUAGCUCCCAGCAAUGAAGGUGUCGAUACCCUCACCAAGCUGGAUCAAAUAUUCACAAGGUUCUGGAGCAGACUGCAUGGGUGGACAACCUCAUCCAAACACCAAGAUCUGACAGGCGGCUCGCCCAGCCGGGUGCCAUCUGGUGACAUUAGGAAAAGAGUGGCUGCAACUCCCAGUACAAGAGAGCCACGGCAGAAGCUACCACACUCCUUACCUGAGAGGAGGGAACCCAGAUACCUGUUGGGCUUUGGUCCUGGGAGACUACACCUUGCACUUUAUGUGCCAAAAAUCAAGCUGAUGAAUUCCUUAUGGGCACCAUGUGGUCUAACCCUCCUCCUUCAAGCUACACCACCCCGGCAACUUUUUCGGUGGAGUAAAGUGCAAUGCUUGUUCCAGUGGGAUACCGAUCUGCCCACUGAGGGCAUAGUCUGA